AUGAGCGAACAACAAGCCAAGAAACAGAAUACUGACCAAGAGGGCGGUAUACAGGCCUCGGUAAGUCUCGACAAUGAUGACGUAACGGCUCAACAAAACUGUAAACCGCCUGCCCAGACAAAGACACAGGCCGAUGGUGCUGGAGGUGAGGCUGAAGUUCUGUCGUUCGUGAAGCUGCUGGGCUUUGAGAGCGUCGCUGGUUUCAAAGACAAACUAGGCGAGAUCGAUAACAACAAAAGGGAGAUCAGCGAACUAAAGGGCCGCCUUAACAAAAUUGCGGGGACUUUCAAACCUGCGACUUCGUACGCUCUUAUGGAGACCGCUGUCCAUGGAAUGAUCGAAGAUACCAUUGGCGGGGGACAAUGA